AUGACGUUCAAAGCUUCUUCCUUCCGGCUCUUCCGUCUCUCCUGUAGCACCGCGACCCGUAAUGGUCGCUUGCGGGUGCUCACGCACGUGACGACAAUGUGCCGACCGAUCGCGGUGACUCCCGUCUCCCUCUUCCGUCUGCGCUCGACGGCAGACCAGCUAAUCUCUCUGUUAACAGAUUUCUGUGCACUUAUAAUCACUUCGCUAGUCUUCUUAAAUACGGUAUCCUCACUGUGUUCCCAGGUAUUAGCUCCCACAACUAGCAUCGUCAGUUCCACGAACCUCCUCUCAUCAAUGUUUGCAAAGAGAUGGAGAGAAUACUUCGCCUUACUCAAUCAUUCUCUUAUUGCUUUUAUCGGAUGGUUACAUCUUAGAGCGAUACCUCAAGCACCGACCCACACCACCGCCGGUGCUGUUCAUGCAUGGGGGAUGUCCACACAGUCCAUCAGCACUGAUGAUAAAUGUACAGUUAGUCCCAGAUUGUCACUCAUUCACCACAGCCACUCUACUACUCACGGAAUUUCAUCCUCUUCUUCCGAUUCACUCAGUUCUUCUUCUUCCCUAAGAUUAGGCUCAAUCCCUGCUUCCCCAGAAUGUCCCGCUGGGGUCCGACUUACCUCCCUCAGCCUUCGAAGGUUCCUUAUCAGUAAUGGCUAUUACCUCCUGGUUACCGUUCAGAACCCCACCUCACUUUCCUCUUAUAACUUUCCUCUUAUAACGCUUAUAUCUUCAUCCCUUAUUUCAUUGCUACCUGUAUUAUUCCCAGGCAUAUUCUCAUCCCCUACUCUCAUUUGUUCAACUUCUCUCACUGGGUACCCCUCAAUACAUUACAGAUCAAGUCUGGUCCUUCCUUCAGCAAACGGUAUACCUGUGCCCUUCUCCUUCCCAUAUGUUCUCUCCCUUCCUCUCGCUUUCUCGACAACCGAGACGUGGGAGUCGGUGACAGGAGUUCAACUUUUUCAAUCCCUUCCCUCUAUUCGAGUUAGUGUUGUUUCGUUCGGUGUGGUCUAUCUUUCUCAUGCGAGGACAGGUGACUCAUCGGCGUUUCCCGGACCCUUUUCCUUCUCGGUAGGGGACACCAGCGUAUUAACUCGCUUAUCCCUAGUUUACGGUCUCCCUCUGCUGUACACCACCGAGCCUUGUGCCCGAACUCACCACAAGUCGUGUAGUUCAGCCCCAAAGACCUUGUUCGCCUCCAUAGUUUGUCGGACAGUCGCGGGCCCGAUGCCCACCAUACUUGCAAGUCCAGCACACCAGCCCAUAUCGGCCCAUAACGCAGAUCCCAGGCUCUCCUAUUGGGAACUGUCUCAGCCUCCCAGUCCUCUUCCACUUCUUCUUUCGGGUCCAGUAUCUGUCCUUCAUUUUCAUCACUACUUUUGCCCCUCAGGGGUUCCUACCUACACCCCUCAUUCUAUCCCAAAUCCGUUCGCUGGUCCGAGACGCCUCUAUAGCUGUGGCCAGGCUGACCGGCCCCCGCUUCAGAACGUCGCCCCUCAGGUCCCUGUCACUCAACGCGUCCACAUACACAUCGGCAACAAGCCCUGA